AACGAGAAAGCAAAGUCGCUCGAGUCGAGGCGUAAAAUCGCGUUCGUAGAUUUCGAAAAUUUUCCACUUUCAGCUGCUGCGUUCAUGUUUCUCGAAUCGAAUCGUCUCGCGUAAUAGUGCGUAGUUUUUGUCGAAAAAGUAGUCGCAACCCGUUACCAGAUGUCGGUUCCUCCGGAAGGAAGUGGAGUUAUGGUUCUCGCUCGCAGGAAAUAUGGCCCAUUUGGGCGAUAAAGUGAAGUGAAAAUUCCCCGAACAUUGCGGAUUUUUUUUUCUACUUCUUUUUUGCUGCACUCAGACAAGGCCAUCUCGUCCAGCAAUAAAUACCAUCAUCAUCAUCAAACGGCAGCAGGUCAAUGUGAAGAAUAAGACGAACAAUGACGAUUACUCUUGCCAAGUAAAUUCUAUCAUUAUAGCACAAAAUCGAUGUAAAUAGCUACUAACUUUUGGUCGUAGAAUUAAUGGCAAACGCCCACAAUAACUAGUAGUGGGUCCGUGUGUUGUGGUAAUAAUCUUGCGAAUCAAAAUUAAAUCGAAUUCUGCAACAGCGCAAUUGGAAUACAAUUACAACAACAGUUGUGCGAAACAGAGUGCAUCUUUUCUUUAUUCGGCUUCCCCCCGAAACAACCGGAAGUAGCGGAAAACCAGCAGCUGGAGAAGUAGCACACAUCAACCAGAUGAGCUCGUCGUCGUCGUCGUCGCCGCUCGUAUAACUCUCAGCAACUGUAAAUAUUGGUAGCAGAAGCCCCGUCGAGAGUACUAUUGUAGGCCGUGGAGCAAAACGAAGCAAAGAAAUCUAAACCAUGGAUACGGCCACGGGUUCCGGUUUGAUGGAGGAGUACGACCUCAUGAAGCAAUCGAAAUAUCGCGUCUACAUGUCCAACAUCGACAAGGCGCUGAAAAACUUUGAAUACUCAAGCGAAUGGGCCGAUCUAAUUUCGGCUCUUGGAAAACUGAACAAAGUUAUCUCUUCCAACUCACAGUAUCCGAUCAUACCGAGGCGGAUCAAGAUAUCGAAAAGGUUGGCCCAGUGUAUGCACCCGGCCUUACCUUCCGGGGUACACCUCAAAGCACUGGAAUCGUACGAUGUGAUAUUCAGCAACAUCGGCGUCGAUAGGCUGGCGUCGGAGCUGUUCAUCUACAGUGCCGGGCUGUUUCCGCUGCUCGGAUACUCUGCCAUGAAUGUUCGACCGACACUUCUAUCGAUCUACGAGAAAUAUUUCGUUCCUCUGGGGGAAAAACUUCGUCCCGCACUCAGUGGCUUUCUGAGUGGAGUUUUUCCCGGACUGGAAUCAGGUCAGGAUCAUUUCGAGCGGACCAGUGGCUUGUUAGAUAAGGUGUGCGCUGCAGUUAAGCCGGAAUGCUUCUAUACCUGUUUGUGGGAAUGUAUCGUCACUAAUGCCUCGGUAAGACUGCCGGCUAUUUCCUACGUGUUGGAACACUUCGACAAAAAAAGAUCAUGCUCGGAGCAGAAACAGCUUAUGGGUGGUAGCAUUGAGCUGCUAGUAACUGGCUUGUGUAGCUGUCUGGUCGAUGCUGUCAUCUUAGUUCAGCGAAACACAUUAGAAUUUUUGCUGCUAGCAUUUCCUCUGCACGCAAUGACACUUUGCAAAAAAGAUAUUGUAAGGUUGGUAAAAACUGCUCUGAGCACUAUUCUCAGGAGGGAUAUGUCGCUGAAUCGAAGGCUCUAUUCUUGGCUUCUUGGUGCAGAUACCAGCCUAGGGAAGCACCUCGAGGAUAUCACUCACGAAGGAGAAACCUCCGAUCCCAAUAGCUACUUUGAAACCUACUCGAAAGAAGUUUUAGUUAGUGCAUUCAAGAUUAUCCUCAAAUCAAGCGUUGCAAGUACCCCGGUCGACCUUAGCCCAUACAGGAUAAUGAUCUCGCUUCUCGAUAAAGCCGAAAUAGGACAACGCAUCUUAGAUGACGUCCUCUGUGACAUCAUUCGGACAAUAUCGCUUUGUAAUGGAAACCACGAAGUGCAGAAAUCAGCCAACCUUCUAUUUUCAACCUUUGACCCGUCCUACAUUUGGAACUACAUGACUUCGCUUUAUCGGGAUGGAGCCGACAAGAAACAUGAUCAUCCUCCACGGCCCAGCAACCUUACCCACAACAACAUUAAAGACAACAUACAAAUAGAUUCUGGACCCCCGGGAACUAUUGAAGUGUGUUAUCUGACAGAGUUCCUGCUAGAAACAUUGUCCUUGGAAAUGUACAACGAAACAACGCGUGUGUACUUGCCCAAAUUCCUGCUCUCGCUGAUUCGCAUGCUGACGGUUUAUUCAGAGAAGAUGUCCGCACCGGAAGUGGCUGCCUCUCUCAAGCUGUGUGUUAAAAUUGUAUCCAAAGUGCAACCGAUGAUCAUGUCCGAAAAAGUACUGGAUUUGUCGAUCAGCACUCGCAGCAACAGUGUCACGCCCGAGGGUCAGGAAGCCAAGGAAGGAGUUUCGCUGGAGAAAAGUAAUUCAGAUUCUAAGAUUCACGAAACUUCGCUGCAAGUGAGCGAUGGUGGCAGUUUCACGCGUUCCAAUUCCAGCCAGGGCUUGAACAAAAAGGGCAAAUAUAACAAAAAGUCAAAGAAAUCAAAGUCCUAUACAAAGUUGAGUGAACUGGAGCAGCCCAUAAGUGGUGAUAAAAGUUCGACCAAUGUGAGUGUUUCAUCAGGGGUAACGCAAAGUGGUACAAUUGUUGGGGCUAGCUCGACACCGAAUUUAAAGAACGAUGAUCCCAGCACCGGUGGAGAGUCCAGUCAGGAGGAGCGUCAGAGCAUGGGUAGUGAUCGGGAGGACACUCAGUCGGCAGAUAUUGUGAUAAAGGUUCCGACUCAAGUUCAACAAUCGCCAGCUCAGAUGCCAGAUUGUCCAAUACUGGAGAAGUGCAUCAAACAGUACGUUUUAUUCUAUGAACUGUACGUGUGCAGACAAAUCUUUGACCGUUCUAAUUUGGAAUCGUCCUCGGGUGAUAGCUCGGGGUCAUCUUCGGAGCAAGUUAGUCUACAGGACAAUUUAUACAUCCAUUCAAACGACCCUAAACAUGUGCUGGAAGAUGUGUUUGUUAUAAAUGCGUUACUGCCAGAGCUCGAGGAGGCUUUCCAAGCGCUAAAGAUAAAUGGAGUAUCGGACAGUAGAAAACUGAAGGCGAUCCUAGCCAAAACUAUAGAUAACAAAACAGAUAACGAAACUUUCGAACGAUGGACAGAGUAUGAUUCCGGUAUAGAAAGAGGGUAUUACGAAAUAGGCAAGUUAUUGAUCCAUAACGAUAAACUGAAAGGUCUCGCUUCUAUUCGAAUCUCGGAAUCUCUGAAAAGUGCGCUCAAGCUGGCUUGUAAUGUGCUAACGGAAAUGUCAUCGUUUCCCAGUUAUGGUCAUGACUCUGGAAUGAGCGAACGUUGCGACGAUAUACCCGGAUGGCUAAAAUGUCUAACGAUAUUGGCUUCCUUGAUAGGAGAUCUGGACACGCAACUUUCAGCAUCACAAACUUUAAUUGACAUGGUCAGUCUUCUUAGAACUAACGGUCAGAAAUCCAGAUCCAGCAGUGCGGGGACCACAUUCGUAAUGAUGAUGCCUCUGCUUAAGCUGUCGCACGUGUUGUACCUCGAAAAUAAAACCAAAGUGUUUCAAGUGCUCACGACUAUGCUGUGGAACAAUCUGGACAGCAGUCGAUCGGAGGCUCGAACUAUCAGUAUUCUUCUUUACCGGAUCCACAGCUGCUUGGAUACCAGAUUUACCGAGAGUGUCAUCAUUAGCAAACUACUGGUUCCACAAGGACACGAUGCAAGUCCAGUUCGUGAACGUAACCUUCAUGUGCUCUGGUCUAUACCGACUUUCUCGACUGCCGAACUCAAAAUUGACCCAGCUGGUUUUCGACGGUUCCAGCUGUUAUGGAAACUAGGUCGAGACACACAUCAUGGAAAGGAGUUCGAAAAGUUGUUGUUCCUGGUUUUGGACUUAUUAACACUUCCCCCCAAUCUUUCGAUUCAGAUAACGGUUUCUAAAUGGCUACAAGAGGCGCUGGUACGCGGUGAUUUGAGUAGAGUCAUGAAACCCAUGAUUAAAAUUCUGUUGAACGAAAGUACUAAACGUAUGAGCAUAAUUCAUACUAAGCGGUACCGUCAGGAUACGGAUACGGGAAGUGAAUGGGAAAAAGAUCUGAUGGCCGAUGGAGAUUCGUUUUUGGAUCGGGAAUGCUUCGCUGUGAGCUCAGAAGAUGGAUGCAUUCGCUACCAUAUGGAUAAUGUGCUUAGUAAGAAGCGAAGCCCUAUUAGAACAAUCCACAAGAAAAUAUUUGGAGUCGCUAUCGGUUCCAAAUCGAAUAGUAAUCAGGUGUCGAACUACAUAACUAAUGAUAGCGCCAAGGAAGUUGCCUCGACUGCUGCCCUUGAUGAUAGUUAUACGAAAAUUUCUGUGAUAAUAAAUCCAUUGGAGUCGGAGCUGAGCGGCAAAAAUACGCCGACCAACACCCACGGUCAUAUCCGAAAUCGGUCAAAUUCGACGGGAUUGAUAGAUUGUGAGCAAACGGGGAACGAUUCAAGUAUGCUACAGAAUGGUUUGGAUAAGAAAGAAUUUCAUCGAUCCACAUCCGAUAUCGAUGAGGGUACGGAUGGUGACUUCGAGCGGAAGAAGGGAAGAUUGAGUGACAGUAAUUACAGUCGAUCGACCACGGCCACCGGUUUCUACGACUCGGAAACGGUUAAACGGUACGUAGAAGAUGGGCCGAUAGUGGACUUUGUUAGUCGUUCAGGUGAUCGGUUUAAAAAUCGAAAAACGUAUCUAAUUUCUUCUAGCAACUUGGGAGGUGGAACUGGUGGGGUCAGUGGGAUGCCAGAUGAUGAAGGUUUUGCGUCGUCAGUUUCUGAGAAGAAUCUAAAUUAUUCAUUCGCUUCAAACUCGUCGGCCACCAUACUGACGAAUGGUGAUUCGGAGAUUGUGUUUGGGGUGGGUGCACCAGGAGAUUCGAUCACUACUACGGCUGGAGCUACUUCGGAGACGCCUUCCAGUGGCAGCGUUUUUGGUGGUGAUUCACAAAGAAGUUCCAGCAACAGCAAGGACAGUAAUCGAAGUGUUAGAGAGGGCGAUUUGUUUAGCUUCGGUCGACGGAAAAGUUGGAGGAAUUCAUCGAAACUGUACCCAUUCCAUAGCCAUUUCCUAAUCUACGAGAGCAUUUUCAAUACGAAACAAAUUUUGUACACGUUAGAAACGUUAAAAAACAUAUUGGCCAAUGAUAGCCGGUUCUUUUUGUGCCUUUCGGUUACUACGUCCGUCUCCAGUAGCCAAAUUCGAUCCUUGUUGGUGCGACAUCAUAGGAACGCAACCGGAAAAGGAUUCUCCAAUGGGCAGGAUGAAGUAGAAUACCAAAGUUUGUACAGAGGCUGUAUGUACCUGGAAGUGAUUGUUACGAUUUUGCUGUACUACACCAGAAGCUACUAUCAAAAAGAUGAAGAUCAGAAGAUUCAACCAUCAAAGGAUGAUAUCAAUGGAAACUCUAAGAUUCAACUGGAAUGUAUUAAACUCAUGACAAAAAUAUUUACAGAACUUCUGUCGAUAGUUAAAGAUGUUGGCAAAAAUCUCGCAAAUUAUAUUGCUGACUUGAUGGAGAAAUGCAAAGUGCAGAAAAUCAUGCUCUACUGUAUUACAUCAUCGGUAAACUAUUUCACAUCGCCUCAGUGCUACACUUAUUCGGAGGAAGUUCUUGUAUUCAAUGAUCCCGAAAACUCUCGGCUCUAUGCAGAAGCGUACCAAAUAGAGUUACUGAACCUAAUGCUCUCUGUCAUCAAGCUGGAACAUGAAAUAAUGAUUCAACGAAAUGAUGAACGUUUCAAUGAAGGGAUAAAAAAUGUCCUCUCUAGCAAUUCGCCAACUCGGCCAGCUCCGGAAAACAAACGUAUCUACAAAUAUAUCCCGAACCAAUUGGUGAGUCAACAGCCCAUGUUCCUCUCGGCUAUGCUUUCGGCACUUCAGUCCGAAAAAUUGAAACAUAUACACAAAAACUGGACCGAUAUGGUGACGUCCUGCUUGACGUGUCUACCGUUGAAUAAUCUGACCAAUAUUGUGAUAAGCAUAAUUCAUCAAAUUUGCGCUAAUCUCGACAAAGUUACCAAACGAGACCGUAUUAUGAAUCAAUGCACGGAUUACAUCGUCGCCCAGCUAGAAGCCAUUACAGUAUUAUCGCAUUACUGCCUGCUGGACAGCUCGCAGCAAAUAUCUCUGGCUAAUGUUUUCAACGCCUCAGGCAAUGGGUUUACCUCACCCGUUUCAAAUUCUGGACAACUUAUCAACAGUAUAGUAAAUGUCUUUCUGUCCUCUUCUCUGUUAAAUGUAAAUCAAGCCAAAAACAGCCAUCAAGAGGUUGCGAAGAAUGCAAUCCUAAGUCAUAUUCCCCGGAUAAUUAUUACAAUUGCUACCCUUUGGGAAACUAGCAUCAGCGAAUUCCGUCACGUCAAGCAUCAACUGCUCGAAUUUUUAAGUCCUAUUUCAUUACAUUAUGGAACGAACUUUUUGGCCGCGAUUUCGGUUGCUUGGUACGAGAGAAGCAGCGAUACUUUAAAUUCGCAAGAAAGCACCUCUUCAACGGAUCCCGAUAAUGACUUCUUCGAGGUAAUGACCAAGGCUCUGCCGCAAGCUAACGAAAAUCAACUGCUCCUGGUAAAGCUGAUUUCUGGUAUUCGUAUUAUGUCCGUCGAUUCGUUCAUUCAAACAAUGCACCAGGUCAUUAAGACGCCUCCACAAAUUUAUCAACCACCUGUUGGUUUAAAUCUAGAAGUUAGUGCUCUCGAGCUACUCUUCUUCUACCUGAAAAGCGUCUCCCAGACACAGUUCAAUGACUGCUGGAGUUCGUUGUACGCCUUACUGAAAGACUGCCUGUCGCUGCAAAUUCCGGCCCAAUUCGUUGCCCUUUCGAUUCUGAAUGAGUUCGUUCAGCGAUGCCCCAACAUCCCUUUCAGCGACAAAAAAGACUUGCGAGAUCUGCACGAUGUCACGUCCCGCCUAGUGGAAGCUAUCUCGAACGUUGCAGGAUCCUGUUUGGAGCAGACAACAUGGCUGCGGCGAAACCUCUCGGUCAAAGAGGAAUUCAGCUCGAUCGAGAGCACCAAAGAUGGGCUGUUGAUACCAUCCAAUCAGCAUUACUCGAUUCAGGCGCAAUCGAUCUUAGCGUCCAUCCUCGCUCCGCUGCUCGAUGUAGCCUUCAGCUCCCAGGAAAAGGACAAGGUGACAACGAUCGUAACCGGGGUCAUGUACAACAUCGUGCCUUACCUGAAAACCCACACCGUUAAAAACAUCCCGACGUUCCAUGCUUGCUCGAAUCUGCUGGCCAGUUUGAGCACCUAUCAGUAUACCCGCAAGGCGUGGCGAAAAGACGUUCUCGACCUGCUGCUCGAUGGAACGUUCUUCCAAUUCGAUAGCCGGUGUUUGCCGUACUGGAAAACUAUCUUGGAUAGUUUGAUGACCUGUGAUAAUACCACUUUUAGAGAUCUUAUGAAUCGCUUGCCACUAGCACAAACUGGAACGCUAAACAUAUUUACUUCCAAGGAGCAGGAAUACGAACAGCGAGCAUUGCUUCUGAAGCGGCUGGCCUUCGUAAUUUUUUGCAGUGAGAAUGAUCAGUACCACAAGUAUAUGCCGGAAAUUCAAGAACAACUUGCCAACAGUUUGCGGCUACCUCAGGUUGUCCCGUUGAUACAGUCGGCCGUUUUCCUCUGUUUCCGAGUGCUGUUGCUGCGAAUGUCGGCUGACCACGUGACAAGCCUGUGGCCGAUUAUCAUCGCCGAAAUGGUGCAAGUGUUCCUAUCGAUCGAGCAGGAGCUGAUGACCGAUACCGAGGAAUUCAGGUCCCAAUCGAGUCAACACAUUCGCAUGCUGUCCGGACUGGAUACGGCUUGGGUGACUAAUACCAACAACGGACUGUACUCCUAUGGCCACCCACAUUGGCGCAUGGUACAGCUGGAAACGGCCAAACUGUUGGAGCUGGGAUGUGUCCUUCCGGCCACCAUUUUGCCUCAUUUUCAAAUGUACCGAUGGGCAUUUGUAAGCAGCCAGAAUGAGUAUUUCAUCAAACCGGGUCGAAGUGAUGAUGCCAAAAGUGUUGCCUUCAUUCCCCACGUUACUAGAAUAUCGCAGUUGAUGGAUUUCCGGUACACAUCACAUUCACCGAAACCUCAAACCCACAAGGGUAGCCACAUCAUGCUGACCUGCCAAGCCAUCAACACCCUGCAGGAUCUGUACAGCUUUUUCUCAACCCUGUCGAUGCGGUGGCCAUCGCACAUUUCCUACACGGCCGACACCGAGAAGGACACUAAAGCGUGCCUGGAAGAGAUCGAGAAGGUCCUAUCAUUGGACUUUCUGGAGAAGAUACCGGUCACCAAAUAAGACGGGGUGUUACAAUAGGUAAGGACUACGCUGAAAGUUAACUGUUAUGAGAUAUUAGAAAGGGGGAGCUCUUGAUGGGUGGUCGUGAUUGUAAAUAUUCUUGUGUAACGCGUAUUAUUUUUAAACGACGAAUUACUACCCAAUUCAACUCAUUGUGAUCAUUAGUCAGUUUUUUUUGUGUUGUUUAUUUACUAUAAAAAUAAUUUCUUUAUCAAGCUGUCUUAGGACAGUUGAGCAUAAUUUAGCAAAAUAGCACUAUUUAUUAUUCUAAAUUAUACAAAUCCGAAAAGAUUGAAAGACUCUUCCAAGAGUGGAACUGUUGGUGGUGAUACCUAUAAUAGAAGAAUGGAACAGGAUAACUUAGAAAUGUGCUGAAGCACCCCACAAGUCAGUAAUAUAUCGCAUAUAGAAAACAUCGCACAUAAGUACGUUGUGUGUUACCCAGAUGUCGGGGCAGAAAACCGGUAAACGACUGGUAAAUUACAAUAUUUUUGAAGUGUACCGUUAAAAAUUUGCGGGUAGCAAACCAAUCGAAGAAGACAAAAAAACAUCAGAUCAAAUCACACAACACUAGUAGGUGAUAGUACAGAAAACUAUAAAUCUUAGAGGAAACUAGAAUCUUACGUAUCUGGAAUAAAUUUAAAUUUUACUGA